AGAGAACGUUAUAUAACCAGAGAAGAUGGGGGGCACAACGGGAAGGAAGCAAAGAGCCAACGACGACAGGUAGGCAGGCAGGCACCUAGAGAGGAUCGGAGAACGCGCACAGGCGGCUGCCAUGGCACGGAGUACCCCCUUCGGUUUCGUCGUCGCCGCGGCGCUCGCCCUCGCCAUCGUGAUGCCGGCCGUCGCCGGGCAGGCCCCCGCGCAGGCGCCCUCCAGCGACGCAUCGUCCAUCGACCAAGGCGUCGCGUACCUUCUGAUGAUCCUGGCGCUGGUGCUCACCUACCUCAUCCACCCGUUGGAUGCCUCCUCCCCUUACAAGCUCUUCUGAGUCUCCCAGCAGAGGAUUCUUAUUCUUUUCUUCAUCUUUCCCCCCUCUUCUUUUGAUCGAUAGGCUAGUGGAUUCUUGGUGCUGUGACUGUGAGAUUGGAUUUGGAUUCAUUUGUUGCCUAGUGGACUAGUGUGCGUAUAUUUUUGUUUGCCCGUGUUGUUCCAAUGCUUCUCUGCUGGUCUUUUGGCAUUCAUUUGCCGUGAGGAAAUUAUUGCUUCAGUUUCCAUGUAUUUGCAUCAGAGAUCCCUUGUAUGUAAAAGGAGUAUGGUUGGGCCAUAGCAUGUUCAGCUCAUAAAUCGAGAGCGGCCCACCGUAUUUCUUUGUCGUUAGCUAGCUUUUUCUCGUGUUUGUUUUCUCCAGAAACGCAUCCAACACACACUUACACGGAAUUGGUGA